AUGUCCAGAAGACUCCCCAACGCCAAGAUCAUUCCUCGCCGAUCCGGCGAACGAGGCUACGCCGAGCACGGCGGCUGGCUAAAGACGUUCCAUACAUUCAGCUUCGCCAGCUACUUCGACCACCGCUUCAUGAACUUUGGCAGCCUGCGCGUCCUAAACGAAGACCGAGUCUCGCCGCGCAAUGGUUUCCCAACACACCCACACCGCGACGCCGAGAUCUUCAGCUACAUCCUGAGUGGGGAGCUCACGCACCGGGAUAGCAUGAUCAAGAAGGGCGCGGAGGGCGCGCAGGGAAAGGACUUUUAUCGGAUGAAACGGGGGGAUGUGCAGUUCACCACUGGAGGAAGCGGCAUCGCCCACUCGGAACAGAACGAAGGCAACAAAACGGUGCAUUUCCUGCAGAUCUGGGUGCUCCCGUGGAAGAACGGGCUCAAGCCGCAGUAUCACACGCGGUCGUUUAGCGAAGACGCCAAGCGCAAGGCGUUCGUGCCCAUUUUGUCGCCAUUGGCGGCGGGCCCCGAGGCCACGCCGGCGCAGGAGGACGCGGCCGCCCCGAAGAUCCCAGACACUAUCCCCAUCCAUGCGGACUUUGUCAUGGGGGCGGGGAUUAUCGCGCCCACGUCGACAUUCAGUUGGACCGUGGGGGCGGGUGACGUCGUCAGUAGCCGCAGGAAGCGGAAUGUGUAUGUGCACCUGCCGAUGACGAAGAAUGGAAAGGCCAAGAUUCGGCUGGAUGGGCGAGAGGAUGCAGAGUUGAGUGAGGGCGAUGGUGCUUUUGUUUCGGGGGUGAAUGCCGGCGAUGUGUUGAAUGUAGAGAGUAUUGGAGAGGCUGAGGCUGAGGUGAUUGUUCUGGAUAGUGAUUAA